GGUCUCCAUAGAGAUGUGAUCAGCAAGGUGAAGACGGAUAUUAGGAGUGUGUGGGUGACGAUACUGGAAAGGCGUCAGCUAUAAAAGCUUCAGUUGUUUUCUUGGGUGGAUCUUCGUUUUCCUUCUGUGCCUCUUCAGUCCAGAUGUCCACCGGUUGCGUCUUGAAGUGCCAUUAGCUGUAACCGAAGAUCCGGAUCCCAAGACCCCAGCCAAGUGCUCCCGCAGCCAAGAGCUGAAGACCAUGGAGCUGUCGGACAGCGACCGCCCCGUCAGCUUUGGCUCCACGUCGUCCUCGGCGUCUUCCCGGGACAGCCAUGGUUCCUUUGGCAGCCGAAUGACCUUAGUUUCAAACAGCCACUUGGGCUUGUUUCCCCAGGAUAAGGAGGCAGGGGCCAUAAAACUGGAGCUGAUUCCAGCCAGGCCCGUGUCCAGCAGCGAGCUGCAGAGGGAUAGCCUGGCCGGGCAACAGAGCCCCGACGCGGGCAGCGAGAGGCAGCCCCGGGCCCAGCGGAGAGCGGAGGCCAACGGGGCCACCAAAGCAAGUGCGGAAUCGGCUCCCAGCCCCAAGCUCCUCUAUGUGGAUAGAGUUGUUCAGGAGAUCCUGGAGACUGAGAGGACUUAUGUGCAAGAUUUAAAAAGCAUCGUUGAGGAUUACCUUGACUGCAUCAGGGACCAAACGAAACUUCCUCUGGGGACAGAAGAAAGAUCAGCCCUUUUUGGAAACAUACAGGAUAUCUACCACUUCAAUAGUGAACUGUUGCAAGAUUUGGAAAACUGUGAAAAUGACCCUGUGGCCAUAGCAGAAUGUUUUGUGUCCAAGAGUGAAGAGUUCCACAUUUACACCCAGUAUUGCACGAACUACCCGAGGUCUGUGGCUAUGCUGACAGAGUGCAUGAGGAACAAGACCCUGGCCAAAUUCUUCAGGGAACGUCAGGAAACUUUGAAACACUCACUGCCUCUGGGGUCCUAUCUCUUGAAACCAGUUCAGCGGAUUCUCAAGUAUCACCUCCUUUUGCAUGAAAUAGAAAAUCACCUUGACAAGGACACAGAAGGUUACGAUGUGGUGCUUGAUGCUAUAGACACGAUGCAGCGUGUCGCCUGGCACAUCAAUGACAUGAAGCGGAAACAUGAGCACGCAGUCCGGUUACAGGAGAUACAGAGUUUGCUCACUAACUGGAAGGGGCCGGACCUGACCAGCUACGGGGAGCUGGUGCUCGAAGGGACCUUCCGCAUCCAGCGGGCCAAGAAUGAGCGGACCCUCUUCCUCUUCGACAAGCUGCUUCUCAUCACAAAGAAGAGAGACGACAUGUUCACCUACAAAGCUCACAUCCUGUGUGGCAACCUCAUGCUGGUGGAGGUGAUCCCCAAGGAGCCGCUCAGUUUCAGCGUCUUCCACUACAAGAACCCCAAGCUGCAGCACACGGUUCAGGCGAAAUCACAGCAGGACAAACGCCUGUGGGUUCUGCACCUGAAGAGGCUGAUCCUGGAGAAUCAUGCGGCCAAGAUCCCGGCUAAGGCCAAGCAAGCAAUACUUGAAAUGGAUGCCAUUCAUUACCCGGGCUUCUGUUACGGUCCAGAGGGACAGGCGAAAACCCUCUCCACCCAACACCGGCUGAGAAGAAAAUCUGAACCUUCCUCAAGAUCACAUAAAGUUUUGAAGGCCAGUGAAACAGCACAAGACAUCCAAAAGGUUUCCAGAGAGGAAGGGUCUCCCCAGCGGACUUCGGCAGGGCCCUCUCCCGCCCAGAGGAACAGCCAGCCCAGCGGUUCUGCCAUUCUCAGUGCACUUCGUGGGGGUGGAGCCAUCAGAAACAUCUGGACAGACCACCAGAUCAGGCAAGCCUUGUUUCCCAGUCGACGGUCCCCGCAGGAGAACGAGGAUGAUGAAGAUGACUACCAGAUGUUCAUGCCAUCAUUUUCCUCUUCAGACUUGAACUCUACCAGACUGUGUGAAGACGGCACUUCGAGUCGUCCUUGUAGUUGGCACAUGGGACAGAUUGAGUCCACAGAGACCACUAGUUCUGGCCACAGGGUGGUUAGGCGGGCAAGCAGUGCUGGUGAGAGCAACACAUGCCCUCCAGAAAUCAGAAUCAGGGACGGUGAGGGCUCUCAGUACGGUCCCCGAAGGGAACUGCAGAAUGACCCUAAAACAGAAGGGCAGGACAGAAUGAUUCCCUUUGGGUCAUCGAUAGAGUUGACUAUUGAUGAUAUAGACCAUGUCUAUGAUAACAUAAGUUAUGAGGACUUAAAACUAAUGGUUGCUAAACGGGAAGAAGCUGAAUCCACUCCCCCCAAAUCAACCAGGGACUCUGUUCGACCCAAGAGCACCCCGGAGCUGGCCUUCUCAAAGGGGCAAGCCAGCCACGAGAAGAACUCUCUGCAUGCAAAGAGAGAGGGACCUCUGCCAGGUCAAGAGGCAUCGAACCAAAGCGCACAUGACCUCGAGGCGGUAGAGGAAAACAUCUAUGACACGAUCAGGCUCCCCGACCCACCCUCGCUGGAUUUCACGUGCAGCAGCCUGGAGCGUCCCAAGAGGAGCACCUUCCUGGGUCUGGAAGCCGACUUCACGUGCUGUGAUAGCCUGAGGCCCUUUGUGUCCCAGGACAGCCUCCAGUUCAGCGAGGACGAGGCGCCUUACCACCCGGGAGCCUCUGAUAAUGAUUACUUGAGUUUGCUGUAUAACUCGUUCAGCUGUAACUUGUCAAUAGCUGAUAAGUCUAUAUCUGAUCAGCUGUCUGAAGAAGUAGACGAAAUCUGGAAUGACCUGGAAAAUUACAUCAAGAAAAACGAAGUCAAAGCUAGAGACCGGCUCCUCGCAGCGUUUCCCGUUAGCAAAGAUGACGUACAGGACCGGCUGCACUCGGAGAGCACGCCCGAGCUGAGCAGAGACGCGGGCCGGGCCUUGUCCACACUCUCGCUGCCCGAGAGCCGUGCCCUGCUCACGCUGAAGGACCGGCCGGGCAGAGUCAGCCGGGCCAGCUGCCCGUUGGAAGAAGACCUCAUCGCUAAAGAAAGCUCCUUUGUGAGCCUUAACCGGCUCUCUCUGGCCAGCCAAGUGCCUCCCGUGGAAAAUCCCUAUGACUUGGCCAACAGCAGUCUGUCCCAAACAGACCUGGACAACCCUGACCCUGGGGUGGACGCCACAGAUAAGACCAAAAGCAGAGUGUUUAUGAUGGCGAGGCAGUACAGUCAGAAGAUCAAGAAGGCGAAUCAACUUUUAAAGGUGAAGAGCCCGGAGCUGGAGCAGCCGCCAGCCAGCCAGCAGCAUAAAUCUGUGCACAAGGACCUGGCAGCCAUCCUGGAAGACAAGAAGCAAGGAGGGCCCGCCAUCGGUGCCAGGAUUGCCGAGUAUUCCCAACUGUACGACCAGAUUGUAUUCAGAGAGACUCCCUUUAAGACGCAGAAGGACAGCUGGGCCAGCCCUCAAGAAUCCCCCAACCUCAAAUCUACACCAUCUUCCCAAGUCCCACGUGGCAGUGAGGACUGGCAUUCAACCUACAGUAAUGGAGAAUUAGCAGGUUUCUGUCCCCGGCCAGAGCAAGACUUGAAGGCAAAAUAUCCCACUUUGGAGAUCAACACAAAAAGUACUCCAAGACAUUUGUCCACAGCUUGCUCCGUGCCUUCUCUUCAAACCUCCGACCGUCUGCUGGGCUCCAUGCAGAGACAUAGCGUGGUAGUCAGUCAACCCAACAAAGAGAACUCAUGUCAAGGCCAUCUUUAUAACUCUUUGGGUCGGAAAGGAGUCAGUGCUAACUCUCAGCUUUAUAACAGGUCCCAGUCAUCUUCCUCAGUCUUAAUAAACAAGUCUGUGGACUCCAUCAACUACCCUAAUGAAACAGGGAGGAAACAACUGUUGUCUUUACACAAAGGUUCAAGGUGUGAGAGUCACCAGGAUCUGCUACCAGGAAUGGGUGACUCGUAUCAACAGGGUACUGGAAAACAUUCAGAUCUCACUCUCCAAGACUCACAGAAAGUUCUGGUAGUAAAUAGAAAUGUAUCCUUAAAUGCCCAAAUAGCUACACAGAACUAUUUAUCCAAUUUCAGAGAGACUGAAGGAGAUGAAGAUGACUAUGUGGAAAUAAAAUCAGAAGAUGAGUCAGAGUUAGAGCUGUCUCACAAUCACAGAAAGAAAUCUGACCCGAAGACGGUAGACGCUGACUUUUCUGAUAACGUCUGCAGCAACAACACAUCUUACUCUUUGAAUAGUCCAUGCACUCCAAAAAAGCCAGUGAGCGGCAAACUUGGGGUCUCACCCUAUCUGACACCGUACAGCGAUUCUGACAAACUGAAUGACUAUCUUUGGAGGGGCCCUUCUCCCAAUCAGCAAAACAUUGUCCAGAGUCUAAGGGACAAAUUUCAGUGUCUCAGUUCUAGCAGCUUUGCCUAAGGUUCUUAAUAGUAGCUGCCCGAAUUAACUUCUUCAUAUGCUCAUGAAUUCCACAUCCUGAGGCGUGUUUUAUAUGUACCAAAUUAAAACAGUUUUGUAAUUAACAGAGGUGUAAAAUGUACUUUCUUUUACAGCACAACUUUUGGAAAGGCUGAUGAGCCAGCCAGGAUUGUACUGUAGCCACGGUCAGCAUCUAACUGUUUUCUGAUGCUGGUGGUCAUGUUUCAUGUAAGUCAAUCUUACUUGAACAUUUCUAGGUUGGUUGUUGUUGUUUUUUAACAAGAUGACCAUAUUUUUUUUCUCACAUUCUGACAACAGUGCCUAGACUUUACGAAAUGCAAUACUCCUCUUAUUAUCCAGAAGCCAGUAGACUAGUUUUAUCCUAUGACUCAAAGGCAAUAAGGAGGCUUUACCAAGUUUUUAAAAGGAAACUAAAGCUGUUUAAAGGAUUAUGCUCAUUACAUCUGGCAUUUUUGUUCUAUUUGUGGCAAGAUCCUAGAAUGACUUAAGCUAAAGAGCUCUAAUUGGAGUGUAGUCUGCGGAGCCCUUUUUCGGGUUUCUAUUCUGGUAUUCCUACAUUAGAUCGUUGUAAUGCAAAAAUGGUGUAGCUAUUGGAAAUUAGCAUGUACUGAGACCAAUUUUCUGUAAGCAAAAAUCGUUACCUGGAUUCUUGGACAAGGCCUGGAGACUGUGCUGCUCUUCAUGUUUAUUUUAUUAUUUCUUUGGUGAAAGGAAUGAUUUCCUCAGUGGCUUAAAGAAAACCAAGGGCAAGAAAAUGCAAAUUGACUUAGCUAUAGAAAAGGGGUGACACCUGGGAACAGCUUGAUUAUUAUCUGCUUAUAUUUCAGUUGCAGGGCUGGGAGGAACAGAACAUUUCUUAUUAUUUUUCUGUGCCUGUCUCUAAUCAACAUGAAGUAUCCCACAAGCUAAAAUAAAACAAAGCACUUUGAAGUUCCCUUUCCAGAGCAGCUUUUCGUAUGAACUUCCAUGAGGUCUGUGCUCGGCCACGUGACCUGUCCCCUCCAGGAGGGUUUCCUUGGCCGCAGUGCAAUCUGUUUCCUAAAGCAAACACAACGUGGGGACCUUUUUCAUUGUUCGGACUCUGAUUAACACGUUCUAAUAACAUCUUUUAUGCUGUAAUUAUGGUCUUUAAAUAGCAGUUCACUGGGAUAUGUUGUAGUAAUAUAACUCUCUAUGGGAGGAAACUAAAAAUGAAAUCUUGUGGGUAGAACGCAAAAUCAAGGAAGCUAGAGAAAAACGAAGGUGGGUUUGUUGCUCCUUUAUAUAAAUAUUCUAUUUUACUGGAGACUCCGGUCAGUGCAACAAGAAUGUUUAUCAACAGUGGCCUCUGGGUUCUCAUUUUAAGCAGUUGUACAUUCUGUGGCCCCCUCUUCCACCCUCUCAGUUUUCAUUUUAAAAGAUAUGCUAAUAUGUGUAGGGCAAGGGAUCUGGGCUUUUCAUUUGAAGUAGAGCAGUGACAUUGAUUUGAAUCAGUGACAUCUUAUGCUAAUUAUCCCCCCCCCCCCUUUUAAGUCCUCUGUUUCUUUUCCUUCACUGUAAAACAUAAAAUGUGACCAUCAUUAUUGUACAAACAGGUACCCAAGGCAUUCAGUUUUCUUUUUAAACAACAAAAAGUAACCCAGGCUUCCUGCUUCUCCAUACUAUUCUUGCUUCAUGUAGCUUAUAAAAUGAAGUCCAUACAAAUGGCAUGGUUCUGGAGACAUUUUUUCUUUCCAUUCCUUUCUUGAAACGUGGUCAUGAGUUUUCAAGGUUAGCAGUGGCAGAAAAAACAAGCUCUGUGAGAAGGUAGGUUCUGAAACCUGCUAAAGGUAUUUGCAAGAGUGCUACAAAUCAGUUACCUGCCGCUUCCUGUUCCAAGGACACAGUCUCGCAUUUUUGCCUUUUAUUUCUAUGACCCAAAUUCUGCAGUGUCCAUCGUUACCAUGGUGUCUUAUCUCGGAAAUGAUCAAGUCUUAACACCAGUGUCUUGGUGAUAGCUAUGAUGUCACCUGUAGGAAUAUACUCCAUGUAUGAUGUGGAUGUCAUACUGUAUAAAACGUCUAUGUGGUCAUCUUUAGGUUCUAGGACAAAUCUCUAGUUUUAUAGAUCACUUCUGUCGGACAGGAUGCAGAUUUUGAGAGCUGUGUGUGUGUGUAUAUAUAUACACAUAUAUAUAUAAUCAUGUUCAUAUUUUUCCUCAAAGUUAUCAAUUAAGUGCUUUUGUUUAAAAUAGUUUCUUUUGGAGGCGGGGUGAGGAUGUACAUAAUUGAGGAAAAAGGGGUAUAUGUACUUCAAAGUAUGUCAUAUCUUUAUUAGGUCUCUGUAUUGAAGGUUCAUUUUUUUUUUUUAUCAGUUCACUUUUCACCUACUCUAUU